GUAGUACAUUGUGUUGUACAUUGUGUUAACAGAGGAAUACAUUGCCUUUUUACUCAUUGGAUUCUUUACAACAGUAUAUAGUUAAUAAAUACCUUCCUCGGCAAAUAAAAGAAAGAUAUUCUUUCACUUUCAGUGACAUGCACUGCAGAGCUGUUUAAAGUAGCUGGACUCACUCACUUUGUCGGUGCUGUUCGGGAGACAUGAACCGAUGAACGUUAUAUUAAUCAGUGCAACAGAAUCGUGCAUGGUUGACGUGCUGUGCAGAGAUGGCGUUGGAGGAAGGGGCACGGAGCUGUCUGCUGCGCUAUCGCCACAGACUAGAGCAGGACAUCAAGCCCUCCUACCUGAUGGACCACAUGAUCAGUGAUGGUGUGCUAACUGUGGACGAGGAGGAGACAAUCAGAACCCAGCACACCAGGAAGGAUCAGGCUGUGGCGCUGCUGGAGCUGCUGCUGAGGAAGGGCAACCAUGCUUACAUCUCCUUCUACAACGCCCUGGUGAAGGAGGCGUACGAUGACUUGGCCAAUGCACUUCAUGGUGACCUACCCCACACGUCACCUGAUGCACAUAAGGGCUCCUCUGAUGGCUGCACGCCUUAUGUCCAGACAGUGCUGAGUGAAGGCGGCGUACCACAGAGGCCCGUGGUGUUUGUCAGCAGACCAGAGCUUGUGAACCGCGUCAGGGAGAAACUCUACCGGCUGCAGAAGGAGCACGGCUGGAUCACUGUCUUCGGAAUGGCCGGCUCGGGCAAAUCCGUCCUGGCUGCUGAGGUCGUCAGACACCAAGACCUCAUUGAAGAGUGCUUUCCUGGAGGGAUCCACUGGCUGUCCAUCGGCCAGCUAGACAAACCAGACUUGCUGGCGAAGAUCCAGUCAUUGUGUUUCCGUCUGGAGCAGAGCCUGGAUUCCCAGUCCCUCCACCGUACCCCCAACUCUCUGGAUGAGGCCAAGGAGCGCCUGCGCUUCCUCACGCUGCGCAGAUAUCCCAGAUCUCUGCUGAUUCUAGAUGACAUCUGGGACAGUACAGUGCUGAAGGUGUUUGAUAUCCACUGUCGGAUACUUUUGACCACCAGAAAUCGAAGCCUUGCUGACUCCGUUAGUGGUCCCAAAUAUGAGGUGGAAGUGGAGAGUGGUCUGGAUGAAAACAAGGGACUGGAGAUCCUUGCUCUGUACACUAAAACUAAAGUCCAUGCACUUCCUGAGGAUGCUCGCAGCAUCGUCAGAGAAUGCAAAGGUUCCCCUCUGGUGGUGUCCCUGAUCGGGGCUCUUCUCAAAGAGAAACCCAACCGUUGGCGUUACUACCUCCGGCAGUUGCAGCAGAAGCAGUUCAAGCGUAUAAGGAAGUCAUCGUCUUACGACUACGACGCCCUCGACCAAGCCAUGUCUGCGAGCAUUGAAGUCCUACCUGACGAACAUCGAGAGUUCUACAAGGACCUCUCUGUGAUAGAGAAGGACAUCAAAGUCCCUGCAAAGGUGCUGUCUGUUCUGUGGGACCUUGAGCCGGAGGAGGUGGAGGACAUCCUUGAGGAGUUUGUCAACAAGUGUCUGCUUUUUGUGGACCGGCACAAUAAACCCUACCUGUACUACCUCCACGACCUCCAGCUGGACUUCCUGGUGGAGCAGAAUCGCACCCAGCUCGCGAGCCUCCACAAUAAGGUGGUGCAUCAGUACCAGCAGCACUACAGAGAUGGUCCUCCUACCUCAGGAGAUGAGGAAUGUCUCUACUGGAUCAGAUUCCUAACUCUCCACAUGGCCAAAGCCAACCUCUCCAAGGAGCUCUACUCACUCAUGUUUUCUCUGGACUGGGUCAGCAUCAAGGCCCAGAUCAUGGGUCCAGCUCACCUCAUCAAUGACUACGUGGAGUACGGACCUAUUCUGGACAAAGAGAACAGUGAAGUGCGCAGUCAAUUCCAGGAGUUCCUCUCUCUGAACGGCCACCAGCUGGAGCAGCGUCCUUUCCCUGACGUGGUGCAGCUCGCUCUGUCGCAGCCACAAACCUCCGACGUCUACAGACAGGCUCUGCUGCAAGCACGGGACGGGGCCAGCACGGGGAAACUCUACUUUGACUGGCUGAAUAAGAGCAGUGUAGAGAAUCUGUCCCGUCUGGUGAUCCACCCCCACCAGGGCUCCAUCUACUCCGCCUGCUUCUCCCACGAUGGAGCCAAAAUUGCCUCCAGUGGAGCCAGCAGGACACUCAAGGUGUUUAAGAGCACUUCAGGUGAGAAGCUCACAGAGAUCCAGGCCCAUGACGACGAGGUGCUCUGCUGUGCCUUCUCCCCCGACGACCGUCUCCUAGCAACCUGCUCCAGCGACAGGAAAGUCAAGGUGUGGAACGUGGAGCGAGCCAUGCUGCUCAGGGUCUUUGAGGAGGAGCAUGAGGAGCAGGUCAACCACUGUCAGUUUACCAACACCACACAGCGCCUCCUGCUGGCCACCUGCUCCAACGACAAGUUCUUGAACGUCAAGCUGUGGAACCUCAACAAGCCAUCCUCCCAGAACACCAUGUUCGGCCACUUUGAGCCAGUCAACCACUGCUGUUUCUCCCCCGAUGACACCUAUGUGUCCACUUCCUCCAACGACGGUACCGUUAAGCUCUUUCAGGUGUUGUCUGCCAAUGAGUGGAAGACCAUCAAUGUGGGGGACAUGUUUGCAGAGAGCGAUGAGGAGGUCUUCGUCAAGUGCAGCACCUGGACCGCCGACGGCAAACGCAUCAUAUGUGCAGCCAGGAACGCUGCGCUGGUGUUUGACGUGGAGACAUCCGAAAUGUUGUUAGAGAUCAGAACGAAUCGUCUGAGCACGGUGCAGUACUGUCACGCCUGUUCGUCCAGUAACCUGCUGGCAAUCGCGUUCUCAAACUACGCUGUGGAGCUGUGGGACUUGGAGGCCAAUAAGAAGAUGGCUGACUGCAGUGGUCACCUGAGUUGGGUCCAGCGCGUCCAGUUCUCUCAUGACGGCUCACAGCUGCUCUCCUGCUCCGACGACCAGACUGUCAGGUUAUGGGAAACUAAGAAGGUGCACACCUCCUCAGCUGUCUGCCUAAAAAGAGACUCUGACGUUCUCUUCAACGAUGACGAAGUCAUAGUGUCAGCUGCAGACAACUGCAACAGACUGCAGGUGCGUGAUGGCAGGACAGGAUCAGUGCUGUUCCAGUCGGAGGAGCAGUCGUCCAGGAUCCGGUGUACGUGUAUGUGCAGACAGCCCUCUGCUGUGGCCCUGGGACAGGAAGACGGCACCGUGCAGGUGUUGGAAGUGCCCUCGGGGAAGCUGCUGGCCACUCUGCUGGGACACACCAAGACGGUGCUGCACUGCCGCUUCAGCCAGAACGGCCAAACACUCAUCACAUCCUCCGAGGACGCCACCAUAAGGGUGUGGAGGUGGCAGUCUGGGGACUGCAAAGUACUGCAGGGUCACAACGAACAGGUCCGAUGCUUCUCUCUGCUCUCCACCUCGCCCGCCGACACAAGACUGCUGUCCUGGUCCUACGACGGCACCGUCAAGAUGUGGGACAUAGAAAGUGGAGAGAAGCUGCAGGACAUCGAGGCUCACCGGGGAGCCAUCCUGUCCUGUCAUGUCUCGCCAGACGGAUGCCUCUUCGCCACCACUUCUGCUGACAAGACUGCUAAGUUGUGGCACUGCGAGUCGUGGCAGUGUGGCCACACACUGAGCGGCCACCAGGACUGUGUCCGAAGCUGCCGAUUCUCCUGGGACAGCCAGCGUCUCGCGACAGGAGACGACAACGGAGAGAUUCGGCUCUGGAGCGUCAAGGACGGCUCUUUGCUGAGGAUUUGCUCCCGGGAUGGUAAGGACGCCAUGGACUCGCUCCACGGAGGCUGGGUGACCGACCUGCACUUCUCCCCAGACAACUCUCUUCUGGUCUCGACUGGCGGCUACGUAAAGUGGUGGGAUGUGGAGAAAGGUGAAGCCCUGCAGACCUUCUUUCCGAGGGGAACGGCGUUGAAGAGGAUCCACGUCUCCUCCGACUUCUCCACCUUCGUCACCAUCGACAGCAUCGGCAUCCUCUACAUCCUGCAGAGGGUGGCGUGACGUUGUGAGCACUACUCCAAACGAGCAAAAACCAUAGAGGAAGAAAAACCUCCACAAUCUAACCAAACUCUUCAUUUGUCUUGCAAAACCUACAGUGUGACUGAACACAUUAGUAGACAUGUUUUGUUGCAUUAAGGAUGCUUGCAGGGGGCUAAACUGAGAGCGGUGGCAUCAUAGAACCACACGCUUCUCAGAUACUACGUUUACAUUUCCACUGCACUCUUUCUUCAGCAUUGCAAUGGAGCGUUUCACUUUCACUUUACCCUGUUUACACCAUCAUCUGUUGGGAGUGUAGAUGCAGCAUGAAAGCUCAAAGAGUCUUAAGAUUCCUGCUCUAUGUAAAUACAAUAGAGCAGAAUCUCUUAUAAAAAGAAAACAAGGAAAGGUGCAUUAAAAGCUACAUGCAGCGUUCGUGACAAUCAGGGUUCUCAAAGCAGAUCUUUUCAAUCCGUAAUAUCUAAUAACAAUAAAGAGGUUAAUAUCUACAGAUAUGUGAUCCUUCCAUCAAAUGUGAAUAAUAAAUGUUGGAUCCAUUAGAGCUGAACAUAAUUGCAUGUGAUGUGAAAGAUGCUUUGCUUCGAUGCAUGUGAUCGUCGCUAUCAUGCACGCUAGGAAUUAUUAAGUGCAUUUGACUCGCUGGGAUGUUUUUGAACUUUCAUUUUCCAUGUUUGCGCUUGAGGGUUUGUGCGUCUGGUCGCUACUAGGAACAUUUGUGGGCCUUUUAUUUACUCUGUAGCCUUAGUCUGAAUGUGGACGCUGUAGGUGCUGGAGUACCUAUGCACUGUAUUGUUUGCGUACCUUCUCAAUCCACCAGCAUCGAAAGAGCUUCUGGCGCACUUUGAUAAGCAUUACAAAUGUUUGAAUGAUCUGGCAUUUUAAAUGAAAUCCUAAGUCUUUUGAAAGCCUGUGAAUCUAUUUGUUUUUUACUUGUGAUUUAUAAUCAAAAUUCCACUUGCUGAUGUUAAAAGGCACUUCUUGUGCUUAUUUUGUACCAAUUCUUUUCAACCCUAUAUACCACUUUUUUCACACAAUUCACUCCAAUUACUGAGCCUUUAACUGUUCUGAGCAUUUUGAAGCAGGAGUUUAUCUUUCAUGAAGCUUUUACUUUGUUCAGGCACAUAAACAUUGAUUUGACAAUACAGAUGAGUGCUAAUUGAUUGUAGUAGAUAUCCUGAUCCAGUAGGAUUAAUAAGCACUUAAACACAAUACAUUUAUAAAAAAUAAGAAUGUGGGUUAGGACAUUUCUGAACAUUCACGUUGUGCUCUUUGGUGCUUUAAAGUCGGCAUAAACUCAAUCAGCAUUUCCUUCCAGUGAGGAGGCCUCUAACAAAACUUCUGAAAUAUUGAUGUCUGCUCAGGAUUUAUUAAUACCGUUAUGUACUGUGUGGUGCAAUGUGAGUGUAAUUUAUAAAAGAUUAAACUACACGCUCUGAUGAUGAAGACA